AUGAUGCUCUCUCGACGUGCCUGCUACAAGUGUGGCAACAUCGGCCAUUACGCUGAGGUCUGCUCUUCUUCUGAGCGUCUCUGCUACAACUGCAAGCAACCUGGUAGGUCUCAGGGUGCGGACACGAGUCCAGCAGCUGCCCGCGUCCUCGUACAACCGAAACAAUGCUAUAAUUGCCAAGGCCUAGGCCACGUUCAGGCAGAUUGUCCCACGUUGCGCCUCAAUGGCGCCAACGGUCGUUGCUACAACUGCAGCCAGCCCGGCCACCUUGCUCGUAACUGUCCGGCUCCUGCAUCCGGUGCUCCCCGAGGUGCCGGUGCUCCCCGUGGAGGUUUCAACGGUGGAUUCCGCGGUGGAUAUGGCGGCUACCCUCGUGCUGCCACUUGCUACAAGUGCGGUGGCCCCAACCACUUUGCCCGUGAUUGCCAGGCUCAAGCUAUGAAGUGCUACGCCUGUGGAAAGCUUGGUCACAUCUCCCGUGACUGCACUGCUCCUAACGGUGGCCCCUUGAGCUCUGCUGGCAAGGUCUGCUACAAGUGCUCUCAGGCUGGUCAUAUCUCCCGGGACUGUCCCAACAAUGAGGCAGCCGCUGAGCCGACUAUCCCUGCCGCCGCUGCUCCUGUGGCUGCUACUGCUGUUGAGACUGAUGCUACCCCUGUUGCGGCUGCGGCUCCUACCACUGCCGUUGCAUAG